AUGGCAAGCAAUCUUACUGCCCAACAACUAGCUCAGCAAGCAGCUCAACAAAAAGAAAUGGCUCGUAAGCUAGAGGAAUACAUCGAAAAAAUCCACUACUCAGAUCGCUACUCGGAUGACGAAUAUGAAUAUCGUCACGUCAUUUUACCCAAGCAACUCCUGAAGAUGGUUCCCAAAGAGUACUUCAACCCUGAUGAGUCUGGCGUUUUGCGGCUCCUCACGGAGCAAGAAUGGAGGGGUAUUGGUAUUACGCAAAGCCUUGGAUGGGAGCACUAUGAAGUUCAUGCUCCUGAACCACACGUCCUUCUAUUCCGCCGUGCCAUAAACUUUGUGCCUCCCCCUCAACCUCGUAUGAAGGAUGCUAGAAGGAAAUAA